AUGUACGACGAUCACCCAUCCCACAUCAAGAAGAAGCGGGUGGGCAAGGCGUGUGAUCUGUGUCGGAUCAAGAAGACCAAAUGUGACGGCAAAAAGCCGUGUGGCCGGUGUAUCGCCGAUAACAAGAUCUGUGUGUUCACUGAAAAGAAGAAGUUGAGAGAGAAAAGUCAUCCCCAGGGAUAUGUGGAAUUACUAGAAACCCGGUUAGAUAUUUUAACCAAAUCCUUGGAGAAGAUGGUCGAGUUGUCAACCCCGCACCUAGCGUUUCUUCAAAAGCUCGCAGUCGCUUCCCCGGAGGAUGAUCUUGAAAGCGCUAGUGAUGAUGACGGAGAGGGCGAAGGUAACGAAAAUGCCAUCCCAAUCAAUAGGGUCGUUGAGUACUUGAUCAAUCAGGAAGGACUUCUCAAAAAUCUACCCGUGGAAUGGGAGAAGGGGGCACUGAUUGCCGCCAGCUUCGACCCGAAGCGCAAUUUACGCGAGCUGGCAAAACAGUUUGCCGAUCACAAGGGCGACGUCGCCGAUCCACAGCCGGCUACGUCGUCACUGGGCCUGUCUGGUAGAGCCAAACGAAGAGAAGAUUCUUCUCUUGCAAGCUCUCUGACCCCUUUGGGACUGGGCUUUGGGCCCACACAAUUUCUGAUCGGUAGUUACUCACCUGGCGGCUUGGUUUUAGCCCUGCUGGCUCCAGUAAACUGCGCUGAACCUCAAGGUUUGAGCCCACUGGUCUUUUCAGAUGUCGAUCUGGACAAUAACCUGCUUCAUCUGGGACUCAAUCAAACAGACGUUCUGCCACCCAUUGAGGUGUUCCAUAAGCGGCUGAAUUCAUUGUUUUUGGACAAUUUCGGCGUGCCUCCAGAAAUACCCCUACCAAAGCAGAGCUCUCAUCUGCUGGUGCUGCUGUUGCAGUCACCGCUGAUGAUCGCUGCUGAAGCUGCGGCAGUGGUAACAGCUCCACUAGACCGUCGUGGACUGGUAGGCCGUCUGGGACCUUACCUGCCCAAACUUGGGCCACAGAAUGGCGUUCACAAGCCACUGCAUUUACUGGCCACAGGCCACCAUCGACUGGCGCUGCUUAUUAGCGAUUAUCUGCCACCUACAGAAAUGCCACUGGUCUUCCAACCUCAGCUGCAAGCAUACGUGGCCCCAGAUAUGAUCGUAAACUCUAAGGAUAUGAUGGAUGUCGAGGUCGCAGAUCUCCAAAACACUAGUGGACUACCGGCUUCGGGAUCUCUGGGUUUACUGAAUGUACUCAACUUGUCGAUGGAUGAUGAUCUCGGAUGGACAAAUCCGUUUGCCACCAACCACUAG